AUGUCCAGCUCACCAUCCAAUAUCAACAAUACCACAACUCUCUCAACAUCAGCACCACCAGCCACUACCACCACAACAGAAGUCGCUGCUGAGAGCAUGGAACAAUCCUCCCUUCGUUACUUGGGUUAUUUGGGUCGUUUGAAGACUGCCAUUGUUGCUGGAGCUCGUUAUUUGGCCUACACUUCCGAUGUUGGUGAGGCAUUUAGACCAAUUGUCCAUCCAUUGAUUGUGAGAGCUGGUUAUGGUAUUUCAUGGGCUUACGUUCUUGGUGAUGUUGGUAUUCAAACUUAUAGAGAAAAGGAAAAGGGAUCAUCAACUAAUACAGUUCUCAGAACUGCAACAAAGACUGCAAUUUUCCAAUCGACAGCUUCAAUGAUUUUGCCAAUGAUUACCAUUCACCAAACUGUUCACGUGGUUUCUGCAAUUUUGAAGAAGGUUGGAUACAAAUCAAAGGUUAUUCCAACAAUUUCAGGUUUGGCUGUUAUUCCUGCAUUGCCAUUCAUGUUCGAUCACCCAGUUGAACAUUUUGUUGAUACUGUUUAUGAUAAGUAUUGGCCUGUUGAUGAAAAGGAUUCACAUGCUGAAAAGGAAAAGCAACAUUAAUGAAAUUAUUUAUUG